AUUCCUUCCUUGAGAGUGUUUUGAGUAGAAAAUUCCGUAAAAUUAAAAGUAAAUUGACAUUGGAAAAUCUGUAGAGAGAGGCAAGUGAAGUAUGCAUUUUGGUGAGGGAGACGACGGCGACGACGACUGGGGAUUAAGCGUUGAAGAACUCGACUCCCUCGAGAAGGAGGCUUACCGUACACUCGCUCAACAACAACAACAACAACGCCACCACCACUCUUCUUCCGAUCAUCCUAAACUACCCUACAAGGCGGAAUCUUCUUCACAGUCCAGCAGAACAUUAUUUACACCCACUAAUCUAAACCCUCCUCCUGAUCAAUGCGCCAAGGCUUCACCGAAGCGCUCUGUUAAAUUCUUUCUUCAUGCCACUGGAAAUAUUGCUGCUAAAUUUACUUAUGACUCGGUGCUAGUUGCUGCUAUCCGCAAAGUCCCUAAAGCCACUUGGAAUGCAAAAGAAAGGUUAUGGAUUUUCCCAGUUUCGUCUUUGUCUUUGGCAGAAAGAGUUCUGGCCGAAAUAACUGAUUUUACUGUUGAGGUAGAAAACUUAGAUUCCUUGGUGCAACGUGCUAUUACAGCUGCCUCUGCUGUUCCAGAUCUUCAAGACUGGUAUGGUAGGGUGCCUGAGUAUCUCGAGUCCAAGCUUCUACCUUUUCAGCGGGAUGGUGUUAGGUUUGUGUUGCAGCAUGGAGGUCGUGCCCUCAUAGCAGAUGAAAUGGGACUAGGAAAGACUAUACAGGCUAUUGCUGUAACUGCUUGCCUACGGGAUUUCUGGCCUGUUCUUAUACUUACUCCAUCCUCCCUGCGUCUGCAUUGGGCUUCCAUGAUUCAACAAUGGCUAAAAAUUCCUUCAAUAGAUAUACUAGUUGUUUUAUCACAAUGUAGUGGAUCAAACAGAGGUGGAUUCACUAUAGUAUCAUCUAAUACCAAAGGCAGUAUUCAUCUUGAUGGCCUGUUCAACAUCAUCUCUUAUGAUUUGGUCCCAAAAAUGCAGAAUGUUUUGAUAGCAUCGGAGUUUAAGGUUGUAAUUGCAGACGAGUCACACUUCAUGAAAAAUGCUCAAGCAAAGAGGACAACCGCCUCUCUUCCAGUUUUAAAGAAAGCUCAAUAUGCAGUAUUGCUUAGCGGAACCCCCGCUUUAUCCAGACCAAUAGAGCUAUUCAAACAGCUGGAAGCUUUAUGUCCCGAUGUGUACAAGAAUGUUCAUGAUUAUGGAAACCGCUAUUGCAGGGGGGGAGCUUUUGGAGAAUAUCAAGGUGCAAGUAACCAUGACGAGUUGCACAACUUAAUGAAGGCAACACUCAUGAUUCGCAGACUCAAAAGGGAUGUCCUCUCUGAGCUCCCUGUUAAGCGUCGACAACAAGUUUUCUUAGAAUUGGCAGAAAAGGACAUGAGAAAAAUCAAUGCUUUAUUCCGGGAGCUGGAGAUAGUUAAAGGGAAAAUUAAGGCAUGCUCCUCUGUUGACGAGGUUGAAUCACUAAAAUUUACCGAGAAGAAUUUUAUUAAUAAGAUAUAUACAGACUCCGCAGAAGCCAAGAUCCCUGGGGUCCUAGAUUAUCUUGGAACUGUUGUUGAGCCACUGUAUGCAUUCUUGCAGGCGGGCUGCAAAUUUCUUGUUUUUGCUCAUCAUCAAUCCAUGAUCGACUCCAUACACAAGUUUCUUAUUAAAAAGAAAGUGGGCUGCAUUCGCAUUGAUGGUAGCACCCCUUCAGCAUCAAGGGAAUCUUUAGUUUCUGAUUUCCAGGCAAAGGAUACUAUAAAGGCAGCAGUACUGUCUAUCAGAGCUGGAGGUGUUGGAUUGACUUUAACAGCUGCAAGCACCGUUAUUUUUGCGGAGUUGUCUUGGACUCCAGGUGACCUAAUUCAAGCUGAAGAUAGGGCUCACAGAAUUGGCCAGGUUUCUUCAGUCAAUAUAUAUUACCUCUUAGCAAACGAGACAGUUGAUGACAUCAUAUGGGAUGUUGUCCAAGGUAAGCUGGAAAACUUGGGACAGGUGCUUGAUGGCCAUGAGAAAGCGUUGGAAGUUUCAGCCAGGCAGCAAAGAAGCAGCCCUGCAAAGCAGAAAACAAUCGACUCUUUUUUGAAAAGGUGUAAUAAAGUCGAUGACUUAGAACAUGAGCCCAAGCUCAAAUACCCCAGACAAUGAGAGUUUUCAAGGUUCUUAUUUGAUAUGCUAGAAUAGCAUUCACCAAGUAAAACCAGUUUAUCAAGGUUAGUGUGCAUCGGAGAGGUUUUCUCCUCGAUUCCUUAGGCGGGGAAGAGCUCUAAUAUUCGACUGGUGUUCACUGAUAUGGAGACUUAUGGGGGUACAGUUUUUGUGAGCCAAUAGGAGUAGCAUUUGAUGAAAGUAGUUGUACAGUGUAUAUUUAGAAAAAUGUAUGUGAAUAUAUGCAGUUUAUAACAGAAAGAAAGUACUGGGACAAGUCGUCUUCAUUUGCAUCAA